AAAUGUACGGAUUAUCUAUAUCCAUAUGAUUUCUCCCCCACAAACUUGACAAUGGCGGUUCUCAACUUCCCCUUGUGUUGCUCCAAACUCCAAUGUGUUCCCCUUUCCAAACCCUCUCUUCAAAUCCCUUCUUCUUCACAGGGAAGGACCCAAGUCAAAAUAACUAAUGAUUCUUCUUUCAAUUUUGGGGAAUCGUUGUCCAAAGUAUGUAUAACAGCUCUGUUCUCUGCUUCCCUCUUCUUCGCCACCGAUCCUGCUCUUGCAUUCAAGGGUGGAGGACCGUAUGGUUCUGAAGUGACUCGAGGACAGGAUCUUACCGGAAAGGAUUUCAGCGGCAAGACUUUGAUCAAGCAAGAUUUCAAAACGUCCAUUCUGAGACAAACUAAUUUCAAGGCUGCAAAGUUACUUGGAGCUAGCUUCUUUGAUGCAGAUUUAACAGGUGCUGAUCUUUCCGAUGCAGAUCUUAGAGGCGCAGAUUUCUCGUUAGCAAAUGUAACAAAGGUGAAUUUGACAAAUGCUAACUUGGAAGGAGCACUUGUUACAGGGAACACAUCUUUCAAAGGAUCUAUCAUAACAGGCGCAGAUUUCACCGAUGUCCCUCUAAGAGAAGAUCAAAAGGAAUAUCUUUGUAAAGUUGCCGAUGGGGUGAACCCAGUGACGGGUAAUGAAACACGAGAGACGUUGCUUUGCAAGUAGCCCGAGUUUAUCGAUCUGUUCGUGCAGCAUGGCUUGUUAGGAGACGAUGAUGUGAAUGUAAGUUGUGUACAAACUGUAACAUGUAUCAACUGAAAAAUUUGGUACCAAGUAUAAUUCGUUGGUACAUGUUAUAGGAUUUUGUGAUCUUCAUUCUACUAUAAGAAAAAAAACCAUGAAUUUUUUAGUUUUCGCUAUCGG